AUGGAGCGCUGCGAGUGCGGAAAGUGCGGCCCGCGUAUCUGCGCAGAUAACCCAUACACUUACAUACCUGGUCCGAGCCAGCGAUUGCUCGUAGAGCGCGGCAGAAAGCUCAUUGCUUUGGCUGAGCAAGAGGAGGUGGCUGUUCCAACGCACCUGCUGCAAGGUAAGACAAAAGAGAGUUGCUGAAGCAGAGUGCAGGAUACUGAUUCCCCCGAAAAGAAGUGCAGGAGGUCGGGAAGCUUUGGACUCGCAACAGCGAGCUCAUUUGGCUGCUGCGUAAGGGCAAGGUUGAGGUUUCCGUGGAAUUGGCAGAUCUGGGUAAUUCCAUGUGUCUUCAUUCAGCUUGUCCUUGCUAAUUCUUGUGGAACAUAGCCGCUGAGCCUAUCAAACUCGUCGAUCUACCAGCCGAAAUCCUCCAGAACAUCAUGUACUUCACGCUGGAUGAUGUCGAUGUCGAACUGCGCCACUGCGAAGGCCACUGCGAAGGCCACUAUGGUCACCCGCGUAGCCCUUUCCAUGUCAGCCGUGAGGCAUCUGCGUCCCGCAAGCUCUAUACGGCCGCUCUAACUCAGGUCAUGGAAGUAUCAUCAGCCAUGAUCGACUCCGGGGACCCUGGAGGCCAAGAUGCAUGGUCAUGGACGAGCGAUCGCUUCUUUCUCGAAGACAAGAUCAACCAUUACAAGUUCGCUGCCAUCCGCCAUCUCAACAUCCGGCUCAACGGUGAAGUCUUCAGAGUCGACAUGGGAUUCGACGUCGAGGCCUUCCACCACACCCUGAAUGCGGUCUGUCCAUUGCUGAAGACUCUGAGCUCAGUCUUCGUCACUCUCAAGACGCUCCAUGUGACGCUUAACGGCGGUUCAUGGGGUAGUGGAGUCGGGCUUAAGAAUUGGCCACAGUUGUCGGCGACGACCGAAGGACAAGUCGUGAACCUCAUCGACGCAAUGCGAGGGCUUCAUCUGCGAUGGGCGGAACUUGCCUUUCUGUCCUCGCUGUGUGAUGAACUGGUAGACUUCCGGGGCCUGGAGGCAGCAAAGGCAGCCAAGUGGAUAUGCAGACAGACACCGGAGGAUCGCGUCUUUCGUCUCUGA